UCGAAAUUAACGUGUUGUUUUAUAGCAUUCAAUCAAACAAACAGCUAAAAUUAUGACAAACAUUAUAUUGUACGGUUCUGAUCCGAGUCCUCCGGUACGUGCAUGUCUUCUAGCAUUAAGAGCUCUCAAUUUGCCAUUUGAAUUAAAAGCAGUUGAUUUCAAUGCUAAAGAACAUAUAUCAGAUGAAUAUCUAAAAAAGAAUCCCCAACACACUGUUCCUACAUUGGAGGACGAUGGCAAUUUUAUUUGGGAUUCUCAUGCCAUCAUUGCCUACUUGGUGUCCAAAUAUAGCAAAGACGAUACUCUAUAUCCCAAAGAUUUUCUAAAGCGUGCAGUUGUCAAUCAGCGUUUAUUCUUCGAGAGUGGUGUCAUGUUUCAAGGUGGACUUCGCAAUAUCACAGGUCCGUUGUGGUACAGAAAUGAAACAAAAGUUCCUCGAGCAAAAAUUGAUACUCUCCAUGAAAUCUACGAAUUUCUAGAAGUUUUUCUCAAAGAUACUCAAUAUAUGGCCGGUAACGACUUGACAAUAGCUGACUUUAGCAUUGUAGCUACAGUUACGUCUUUGGCAGCAUUUGCUAAUAUUGACAAUUCGAAAUAUCCAAAGUUGACUGCGUGGAUUAAACGUAUGGAAUAUUUACCCUACUAUGAGGAGGCCAAUGGAUCUGGCGUUAAAAAUUUAAUAAAACUAAUUAAAUCAUUCAAUAUUACAAUUGUACCCUAAGAAAUUUAUAUUAAAAUGCAAUUAUAUUAUUGGAAA